GGGCCCGACGGCCAUGGCCCGACGCGGCUGGCCGAUCCAGGGCCGACUCCGCUGGCUGUGCUUGGGGACCUUCCUGCUGCUGGCGUUCCUGCUCUUCGCCUACCUGCUGGAGUGCGCGCCUCCGGCCGACUCGGGCCUGGCGCUGACCGGCCUGGGCAGCGAGCCCUACGGGAGGGACUACUACCAGGCCGUCCUGCAGGAGCAGGAGGAGCGCCACCAGAGCCGCGCCUCCAGCCUGAAGCGGCAGAUCGCCCAGCUCAAGCUGGAGCUCCAGGACAUGAGCGACAAGCUGAAGGCGCUGCAGGAGACGCGGGAGCAGGAGGCGCACCCCGAGGGCCGGGAGCAGGACCCCGGGGACCUGCUGGAGUACCUGCACGCGCAGAUCGAGAAGGCGGAGGUGAGCGCGGGCGCGCGGCUGCCCAGCGAGUACGCGCUGGUGCCCUUCCAGAGCUUCACCAUCACCAAGGUGUACCAGCUGGAGACGGGCCUCACCCGCCACCCCGAGGAGAAGCCGGUGCGCAAGGACCGGCGGGACGAGCUGACCGAGGUGAUCGAGGCCGGCCUGGACGUGCUCAACAGCCCCGGGGAGGCCGAGGGGCCGGAGGACGGCAUGACCGUGCAGAAGGCCGGCUACACCGAGAACGACUUCAUCGAAGGGCUGUACCGGACGGAGCGGGACAAGGGCACGCUGUACGAGCUGUUCUUCGGGAAGGAAGGGUCCGCGGACUUCCAGCACGUCACGCUGUUCCGCCCCUUCGGCCCGCUGAUGAAGGUGGCCAGCCGGUCGGUCGACACCGCCAGCCUCGUCAUCAACAUCAUCGUGCCCCUGUCUGGAAGAACGGACACCUUCCAGCAGUUCCUCGUCAACUUCAGAGACGUGUGCAUAGACCAGGACAAGCUGGUGCAUCUCACUGUGGUCUACUUUGGCCAGGAAGGCUUGCCGGAGGUUAAAUCUUCACUGGAGCAAAUGUUCAGUAAGGAGAACUUCUCCAACUACACCCUUCUCCCGGUGAACGAGGAGUUUUCCCGGGGGAGGGGGCUGGACAUCGGGGCUCACGCCUGGAAGAAGGGCGACGUGUUGAUGUUCUUCUGCGACGUGGACAUCUACUUCACUCCCGAGUUCCUCAACACCUGCCGCCUCAACACCGCUCCCAAUAAGAGGGUGUUUUACCCUGUGGUGUUCAGCCUCUAUAAUCCGGCCAUCGUUUACGGAAAUCAGGACCUCGCGCCUCCCGUUGAGCAGCAACUGAUUCACAAAAAAGAUGCUGGUUUCUGGAGAGACUUUGGCUUUGGAAUGACCUGUCAGUAUCGCUCAGACUUUCUCAACAUCGGAGGCUUUGACCUGGAAGUGAAAGGCUGGGGCGUGGAGGAUGUGCACCUGUACAGGAAGUACCUGCGGAGCGACCUGAUCGUGAUGCGCACACCUGUGUCGGGCCUGUUCCACCUGUGGCACGAGAAGCGCUGCGCAGACGAGCUGACGCCGGAGCAGUACCGCAUGUGCAUCCAGUCCAAGGCCAUGAACGAGGCCUCGCACUCCCACCUGGGCAUGCUGGUGUUCCGCCACGAGAUCGAGAGCCACCUCCGCAAGCAGGCCUACAAGACCAAGGCCAAGGCCGAGGACUGAGGCCCGGGGCCCGGGGCCGUCCGGAUGAACCCCCAGGACCCGACCCGACCCGACCCUUCCCCUCCCGGAACCGUGUAUAAAACACUGCUUCAGUCGGUGCUCUGCGGUCCCCGGGCAAAGCCCCAAAGGGGUUUAGACGCAACAGACUUCCUGCUGGAAUGCCGGGCGGUGUGAAGCAGACGGGACGCAGAGCAGAGUUGGUAGAGCGAGGACCGUCGUUGGGUUUACACGUGGUACGAAGCUUUGGAGCUUCCCACUCAGUUGAGCGCGCGCGAUGUUAACGUGCGUCGAUGCACAAACGUUUAUUGACGCCUCAAGCCUGCAGACUGGUGUUUAUAGGAGCGGCCAGGUGCGUUUGAGCUACGUCCACCGUACGGUUUCUUUGUAUUCGUGUAUAUACUCUUGCAUUUGCACUAUAUUUUGUAAAAACUGUGCCGUGUUCCGUAAUCUGCGGUUUCAACGUUCCUGUUUCAUGCGGACCGUCCUAAUUCCUCCGAAACACGUGCUCUUAUUCUGUGUCAUUUUGAGCACCAAAGACGCUGCCACAUACAUGCUGCAACAGGACCCCAGAGACUUUUCAAGGUCAAAGUUCCUCCCUUCGCAAUCAUCGCUGAAGCCACAUUGAACUGUCAGUAUUUUCAUCAAAAAGACAAAAAAAAGUACAAUAUUUGUUAAUGCAUAAGAACUAACAAAUGUCUACAAAAUAGUAUUUUUUUUUGUUUUGUUUUUUUAGAUUUGAAUUUGUUACUUGACUAAUAUUUAGUAAUUCUAUGUUCAGUAGAAUUGUUUCUUGAAUGUAGAUUCCUAAAUGAGUAUGUCUCUGUAUGUCUGUACAGGGUUGCACAAUCCCACAGUCAUUUCAUCGUUACAGAAUGCUGUACUUAUUUUCUUUAUAACACAAUAAGUAUUAUGGGAACCCAAUGCAAUCCCAGAGCACAGGUUACAGUAAUAUCGGUAGUGUGUCGCAGUGUUAUUUUACUGUGUCAGUCGUGUGGCAGAAGCCCUGUCAGUGUUCUUAUGACGCUCCAGCCUUCCUGAGGGCAUCGUUUGAGUCCUUUAGGGCUGGUGCGGACGUUUUUGUCCCAAGUGUCGCGCUUCGUUUUCCGUGCCAAUCCCAUAUUUUGUUUUUGGUGGAUUAGCUUCGGUCCUUAAAUUCCAAGGAGGUGAGCUGGACUUGCUGUAAAAGUAAAAUCUUUUGUUGCCAUUAAAGUACAGAGGGGGACAUUUCCAUCCCCCCCCUCCCCCCCCUCUAAGCAAAUACAUUUUGGUGCCAACUAUUUGAGAAAAUUUUGUUUUUCCCUGUUUGAAUCUUUGGCGUAUCAUUGCUAGCCAUCUGUCUUUCAUUCACAACCAACUUUAUCUUGAUGUCAUGUGUUUCUGGGUCUCCUUUUCAAGCUUACUGUCCAUAUCACCUGUUCGUAAUUAGCUAGAGCAGUCGUUGAAAGUAAUGGAU